UCCCAGGCGUCUGUUUCAAUUUCUUCCCCGAGGUCUGCACUGUGGUGCGACCCUGGGCCUCCUCUCCUCUUCCGCGAGGUCGUAAGGGGAACAGGGAUACGCCGUGAGCUGACCCUCGCAUCUGCAGAUGGUGGCACAUAUCCCGGACUCCCGCCCCCAGCAGCACAGCUCCCCUCUGCACCGCGAGGGAGCAGGAGGUUCCUGAGCGCUCACCCGCGCCCCCUACCCGCAUCGCCGGGUCGCAGGCGGCCUGUCGCGACAGCGGCAGUGCAUUGUGGGGCUUGUAGUGCGGGGCCGGGCUUGGGUGGGUGGGCGCGGCCGCAGCAGUCGCAGCGGGGCCAUCUUCCGCAGGCAGGCGGGCUGGACUGGUGCAGCCCGCACCUUCGCCCUCGCCCGGCCCGAUGGCGCCCCGCCCGCUGGGCCCCUUGGGGCGCCGACCCCGCCGGCCUCCCGGAGUGGGACGAGUGGGACCCGGAGGACGAGGACGAGGAGCCCGCGCUGGAGGAGCUGGAGCAGCGCGAGGUGCUGGUGCUGGGGCUGGACGGCGUGGGGAAGAGCACGUUCCUGCGCGUGCUGUCGGGGAAGCCGCCGCUCGAGGGCCACGUCCCCACCUGGGGCUUCAACUCCGUGCGGCUGCCCACCAAGGACUUCGAGGUGGACCUGCUAGAGAUCGGUGGCAGCCAGAACCUGCGCUUCUACUGGAAGGAGUUCGUGAACGAGGUGGACGUGCUGGUGUUCGUGGUGGACUCUGCCGACCGGCCACGGCUGCCCUGGGCCCGUCAGGAGCUACACAAGCUGCUAGACAAGGACCCUGACCUACCUGUCGUCGUGGUGGCCAACAAGCAGGACCUGAGCGAGGCCAUGAGUGUGGUGGAGCUGCAGCAGGAGCUGGGCCUGCAGGCCCUGGAUAGCCAGCGGGAGGUUUUUCUCUUGGGUGCCAGCAUUGCCCCCGCAGGCCCUGGCUCUGCAGAACCCGGCACCGUGCACAUCUGGAAGCUGCUCCUGGAACUUCUCUCCUAGGUCAGAGCACGCCUGAACUCGCCCAGCUGGAGACCACAGUCCAGCUGCUCCAAUUCUUCCUUGCCAGCCAGGCCGGGUACAGGAGCCACAGGGCAGCAUUUCCUCACCUCUUAGCACAGUGGCCGAGAGGCCGUGCAAAGAGUUGAGUACGCAGAAGAGUCAGAUGAGGGAGAGCACCGAGUUUAGGCCCUCCCGAGGACAGGGCCUGGGCAAGGCCAAAAGCCAGGCAUAAGCCUUCCUAGUGAGGCAGAGGGUGGGAGAGUAAGGACAGGACCUGGCUCACUCCAUCUGUACCCGCACAGCGCCCUGCAGGUCGCGGUGGGUGGGAAGUAUUCCCAGAGCCUCGGCUGUCCCAGUCUGGACUGUUCCCUCCUGGUGACGUCAUGCCUUGUUCCCAGUCUUGCAUUUCACGCCAACCCCAGUUCUGCUUGCUGGUCUGUGGCCUUGUGCAGCCUCUGCCUCUGGCCCCCACGGACAUCAUUUUUAAAAGGAGGUGAUUUUUGUGUUUUUUCCCCCUAACCUGGAGGUGCAUUUCCCAGCCAUGGAGAUUCAAAGGGCCAGAAUAAACCUGGAGGUCCUAGCAAGCAGCCUUCUGAAGACUCCUGCUUACCAUGCCAAGGCCUGGCCUCCCAACCUCUCCUGUCUAAAGAGUAAGCGGCAUUCACUCACCAGAUGGAAGCAAAGCUGGUCGUUCCCCUAACCCGGGGACACGCACUGCUCUUGUUAUCAACACUAACUGCCACGCUCAUGUUUACACAAGUCUGGGGAAGGAAGGAGCCCUUGGUCCCUGGGAAGAAGACUGUCACCCAGAACUGGGUGUUGGUCAAAGAACUGUAUUUUAUUUAUUUAUUUAUUCACUUAUAAAAGGAACAGGCCAGAGUUCCAGGUUCUGUUUCUAGGUGCUGUUACCAAAACCCCAGGUGGCUGCUGUGGACUGAGCAGAACUUGGAGGAUGACGGCUGGAAUCAUGAGGAGCAGAUGACCUGAUGUCAUGGACACGAAUCUGCAGCUUCCCGCACACACUGCGGGCCUUGGGCUGUCCUCAUCAUACUUCACACUGACUCGCGUGAGCCUGAACACCACGUGGCCCUGUGCUGAAGGGACGCAGACCCCUUCCGGGUAGGUAACGAAUGCCUCUGCUAAAGGACAUGUCCACCGCGUGAUUCCAGAGAAAAAACGAAGCGUGUUUCCAUCUUUGAUGCCUAAGGACAGAAACACAGACUGCCGACAGGGUGCCUGUGGGCGCAGCACUCAGCCUCUCUGGGCCCACCUAGCCCCAGGGAGAGGAGGGCUGGCUGCACUCAGGGUCGCCCGCGCAUGCUCCGAGCUGCUCCCAUGCGCAGUGGUCAGCCAGUCUCGCUGACACUUGGUGCAGGCCCCAGCCGGCAGCCGACAGCGACAGCCACACGUACACUUUCUGUUUGUAGAGGAGCAGGCUGACUCAGUUUGCUUUCUGGUCGAAGACAAUGAUCGUGUGCCUUCAUUUCAGUUGACAUUUACCCAGCAUGCUUCAGUCCUACGCUGUGCCAGCCCCAGAACAGGCACCCGGAGGUCCGGAGGUGAGUGUGCUCGCGGGAAGAGCAGCUCGCAGCCAUGUCAGGGGCCACGCGGUGCCUCAGAACAGAAUCGCUGUUUUCUUUCUGCAGGAAGAAGUGAUUUAUCUGCUUUUCUGUUAAAUAUUUAAGCAAUGAUCUCAGUUUUAGAGUAGCCUUUGGAAGUUUGCUGGCAUCUUUCAUUUGUCACUGGACGUGAAAAUUUUUACUCCCCUGUCUGUGAACUCUGCCUGGUUCUCCUGGGCUUCACGGUGACCCUUGGAGCCAGCAUUUACAUUGAAAGUACCCUUUUUCCCCAGUUAGGAUCUGCCUUUGUCUAAUGAAUAUCAUUGUGUAAUAGAACUUUUUAAAUCCCCACUGAGGGGAGGCCAACUUAAAAAAUAAAAGUUUCACUAUGUCUACUUGA